GCUUUGAAUAUGAUAUUGUUUUGCACUUAUUAUUCUUUGAUUACAAGCAGGGAUUUGAUUGAUAACAUCAAGAGAUCAGAACUGUUAAAAAUGUUAAUAAAAAAUGGAGUGCCGCAUACAUUAAUUAAUUUAAUAUGCAUGACUAUGGAGAAUGUAUCAUCCAAAGUUGGUCAAUUGUUUAAGGCACAAUCUGGAGUGUGUCAAGUAGAUGCUAUUCAACUUAGCUUAGCAUGCUGCUGUGAAGAUGCAGCUAAAAAAGGCACUAUAAAUUUGUGCUUAUGCUGAUGACUAGAAAUAUGUGAUUGAUACCACAAGUAAAAAUCACUUAAAGAUGGAUUUGAAAUAAUAUAUAAAAAUGGCCUCAAAGUUGGGCUUGUGAUCAAUGAAAGCAAAACUGAAUACCUAUAACUGUCCUCAGCAGCAGGUAAAAGAUCUCCUGCAGCGGCUUCGAAAUAAAAAAUUGUAGCUUUGAAAAUGCACCCACAUUUGUGUAUCUCAGUUCUGCCUGAUUGAUGGAAAUUUAAUCAGCAAAGAAAUCAACAAUGGAAUAAUGGCUGGUUUGUUUUUUAUAUUGCUGCUUUAAUCAUAAUAAACAAGAUGAAGACUUGUUACUUUUAGAUAUGAAAAUGUGGAGAAAUAAUUCUGCUUAGCAAAGUUCCUUUUUAAAUUAUAUAAUUUGAUUAUUACCAUAGUAAAAUUAUCUUUCUUGUGUACUAACGUUUAUAUUACCUUUUACAGCUAUUCAAUCUUAUGAAAUGGCCAGUUCACCGGAAAUCCGACUAAAAAGAUUUCUUCAUAUUACUUCUGAAACAAAUGUGUAUUCAUCUGGAUGUCGAAAUUUUAACAACUAUUUCAAAAAAGAAUUGGUUCCUUCUUUAGCUGAAUUGAUUAAUGAUGGAAAAGAAGAUUUUAUUCUGGAUACAAUAAAGACUAUUAAUGCAGAGAAAUCAUCAUGCUAUCCUGAAGCUUCUUUGUUCGUUUUGUCAGAAAUGGUUAAAAAUGCCAAAAUUCGUCAAAAAACUCUAGAUGUGGCAAAGAUAUUGUGCAUAGAACCUCAGUCUUUUAUUAUUUUUGUUAAGCUAUCAAUUGAACCUAAGCCAAGAGUUGGGUUUGGCCGCUCAUUCAGGAAAUUUAUUCAAGAAUGGUAUUUAACCAAAGACUAUCUUCCUUUAGCUGAAACUAUUGGAGCAAUGAAUAGGUUCAAAGGAUGGAGGCAUAGUGAUAUUAUUAAAUUAGCACAUGUUAAGUGUGAUGACCCAGCGAAAGCAGCCUCGUUUAAGUUUGCAACAUACGGAGCCGAAGAAAUGAAAAAACAGUAUGGUGCACUCGAAGAAUGUGAAAAAGUUGUUUCUUACUUAUGUACUGUUGAAACCUACCGAAAGAAGAAAGAUCCUGCUGAAGUAGCAGCAAAAAUCGAGUCCUACAUGCUCGGAAAAGAACACAUCAGUACUGCUUUACUAGAGGAUAAAAAGGUCUGGUUAGCAUUAUUAAGGCAAAUGCCGGUCAUGCAAGUGCUAGAUCAUAUUCAGUACAUGAAUAAACGUAAGCUGUUCAGGGGAACUCGUUCCUGGGAUGCUGUAUUUGUUGAUACCCUAGUUGAAGCUCUUACUCGACCUGGAGCCAAUAAAAAAAAUGUAACAGUCAAUAAAGUGUUCAGAACGUUAGUUAAUUAUGAAAAUGCAGCUAGGAUUAAACUAGAACUUGCUGCUAAACUAAAACAACUAAGUAAGAAACCCCCUGUGAUAUGUCCAGAUGUAGUUCAAGCUCUGAUAAAACUUAUGGAUAUUAUGUAUGAGAAAGUAAAGCCGACUGGCAAAAAUUAUUAUGUAGCUAUUGAGUCCAGCCCAGAAAUGGAUAAGAAACGCUGCCAGACGUCCCGUUACAUAAUGCUAGUUGAAGCAGCUGCACUCAUUGCUCAUUAUUUUUAUCGAACUGAAAAAAAUGUUAAAAUAGUUACAUUUAAUGACUCAGAAAUUAAACCUUUUCCUAUUACCAAAGAAACAACAGUGAAACAAGUAAUUGAAAACUUGAAAACUGCAAACGGAAAUGAAAGUGCAUCUAAGAAAGCGGAUGGAAGCAUUAUCAAUAAAAUUCAGGAAGAAAUCAAGAAAGAAGAUGGAGAUAUUGAUCAGUGCAUUAUUGUAAAAGCAAUGUUGGGUAUUACCAGUUUAGCAGGAGUUAACUUUGAACAGGAUAGCAAUAAUAAAACACGGUUUGUUGUAUGCAACCUUUGUGGUACAUUUCCUAAAAAUUCAAGACCACCUGACCAACCCAACUUGCUUUUCACAUUUGGAUUUGAUGAUAAAACUUGUGAAGUCAUCUCAUCAUUUGCACUUAAAAGUUAUUGA